GCUCCAUCCACUUCACUUACGUUCCUCAUCUUACACCGGCUAGGAUCAGUUUCCUGAGCUGAGUAACAGCCGGCAGAGUUCAGACCAUCUGCCCGCUCACACACAGCCACAAUGGCGAAGUUCCUGACACAGGAUCAGAUUAACGACUUUAAGGAGUGUUUCUCUCUGUACGACCGCCAGCGGAAAGGGAAGAUCCAAGCCCAGGAGCUGAUCAAAGUGAUGCGAUGCCUCGGAUCAAACCCCACCCCCUCCGAGGUCCAACGACACCUGCUGAGCCACAACAUAGAUUGGGGCGGAGAGCUGGACUUCUCCACCUUCCUGAGCGUAAUGCACCGGCAGCUCCAGCAGGAGGCGCCGGAGGAGGAGAUCCUGGAGGCCAUGAGGAUGGCUGACAAGGAACAGAAAGGCUUCAUCCUCGCCUCGGAGCUGCGAUCCAAACUCACCGGGCUGGGAGAGAAGCUGACAGAUCGAGAGGUGGACGAGCUGCUGAAGGAGGCGGGUGUUGGAGCUGACGGGCGGGUCCACUGCGAGCAGUUUGCUAAGGCGGUGACACGCUCCUGUGCAAAGCGCUGACAUCACAGUCAACAUCCCCGCUGCAGUGGAGACACUGAGCUGCUCCAGGCGAACCUCUGUUCAACCAGCAGCUGUUCCUCAGUGCAAUCUCUCAUUUAGCAUUUCUUCAUAAUUAGCAUCAGUCAUCCUGAAAAAUAAAGCCUGUUCCUGGAGUUUCCUUUUCAUAUUCUCAGACAAAUUACCUUUUAAAAACAACCAAAAACAGAAGAAUGGAUUAACUUGUCUGUGUUUGUUUUUAAGCUGCAGAAGUUAGAAUACUUCCAACUAGCUUACCACCUACAGUAGUUACGUAGCGUUGCUUCCAAGGCCAAGGAGCGUAUCAUUAGCUAACGUAACUUAUUGUUUAGUGAAAUAACAGGUAAAACAGUAGAAAAUUCCCCAUUCAGGACACAGACAUCUUGGAUGCCAUUACAUCAGAGUUUAGGCUAACAUUAGCAGGUAUUUCCUGAUGACACUGAUUAGUCCUCAUUAUCAGAGCCUUUUGUCUCGUAAAUGUGAAAAAUGUUGUAUGAAUAAACGAACAUACAUCGAACCUC